CCGCCUCGGCAAUCUCGCUCACGCGAAGGCGGGAAAAUCCCCUCCCGAUCGUUCCAGAACCUUCCAGAAGGGCGUUCCGCAAGAUUCGCCAUUCCCCCCCUUAGCCCAUGGCUGCAUCGGCGUCGGCGGCGGGCGGCGAGACCCCGAAGCAGCUCCUCUCCAUCAUCCGCGACUUCGCCUCCGAGAAGUCCCACGGCGAGCGCAGGGUCUCGGGCCUCAAGCGGCACCUCGCCGACCUGCGCGCCGCCGCUGACUCGGCCGCGGCGGAGCUCGACGCCGCGAAGCAAGCGCGGGAGGCGGCGGAGCAGGAGCUCCGCGGGAGCCAGGUGCAGGCCGCCAUCGCCACCUCGUCCAUCCAGGCACUCGAGGCGACGAUCUCGCGUCUCCAGGAGGAGAUCACGAAUGUGGGCUCCGAUUUGGACGCGCUCAAGAGGAAGGGAGACGGCGAGAGAGACGAGUUCAUCAGCCAGAUGCAUGAGAUGAAUGCUAAGAUAAGGCAAUUUCAACAGAUGGUUUCUCUAGAAUUAGCAGAAGACAAUCACUCUGGGUUGCUGUCAACAGAAGGUCAAGAUGUCGGAGACAAGAAUAAAACUAUGGAGUCAGAAGAUAUUUUGAAAGAUUUGGUUGAUAAAGUGAGCAACGUUGAUGCUGAGGUGCAUGUCUUGGAUGGAGAGUAUCAAAAGGAUCUGCUUGAUCAUGAUAAGGUUCGUCAGGAGUUGGCUGAUUUCCAAGCAAAGAGAGCUCUUAUGGAGGCUGUGAUGGGGGAGAUGAAGCAGUUGCAGGAGCUGGGAGGGCGGGCAGCUGAACUGGAAAAAGUGCACGCUUCACUUGCAGAGGAGUUGCAGCGGCGGUACGCAUGCUCCCGCUGCGGCGUCAACAACAUGCCUGGGUUGGAAGCAGCAAACUAGACAUGGCGUUGGUUGCUGUGUACAUACGCAAGUUUGGCGAAGCUUGUAAAUAAAUGGGAGGCAUCGGUCAUAGUCCGUACAAGAUAUAACCCCUUGGUCAAGUGAUUAUACACAUUGGUGCUGUUGUCGUUGACUCGUUGCAACCAAAUUCGCAGAAACACUGGUAAAACUCUUGAACGAUGAAGAUUGAAGCUGCCCGAUUCUGUCCGAAUUUACCCAUUCCUCACCUUCGUUUCGUCCUGAUGCCAUUUUCGUUUUCCAUGGCGUACUUCUUUCUCACGUGUUGCUUAAUUUGAUCAUUUCUAUAAUCAUGACUACACUAUAACUAUUGGUUAAAAUUAUGUGCAUAGCAUAUUGCCACACAGAAAAGAGUGUAAA